UGUUACAGAGCUGCCAAGCUGUCAGAAAAAGAUUGUAAAAUUCUGUUUUCGUGUUUAUGCGAGAACACGGCUUGAAAUUUGCUCAAGAGCAAAAUUUAUUUGUAUACAAUUUAUACCCUGGUCCGAUAAACCCAAUUUUGAUUGGGUUGAUUUAAUUGAUUAUUGUGUUUGCAAAAAAAAAAACCAGCACAAAACACCCGACGAUCUGGCAGCGCGAACAUCUGAUUCUGCAAACAACACACUGAUGAAAUGAGCGAAAAAGAUAGCGUUGGAGGAAAAUAAAGCCAAAUUCUGACGCUAGCUUUACGCGAGCAGCGCUAAUCGCUGCAAAACAAAAGGUGAACCAGCUGCCGGCAUGUUGCCAUCGACGGGCCUGUUUAAGGGCUUUCCCUGUCCCUACUACGACAGCGAGAUCGAUGGGGUCGCCUGCAAACGUCCCUUUUGUCACUUUAAGCACGCCAAAAAAGAUGAUGUGGAGGCAGCAACGCCUGCCGACCCGGUGCCGGAGUACAAGCCGGCUCAGCCAAAGCUACUCACCCUGCCGCUGCCAGAGAUGACAAUGUACGCCCCAAAAAAGAAAAAGGCAAACCUAGAGUACCAUCCAGACAAGCCGGCAUUGAAUGCCUCGCCGGCGAAAAAGAAGCCCGAGGCUGCUGCGGGCUGUGCUCCCGCCUAUGUACCUGCUCAGGUGGCUGCCACAAAUGGGGCGAGCGGCGACUGGGAAGCCGAUCUCGAGAAUGAAAUUGAUGAACAAAUGCAGAUUGAUAUUGAUGAGCCAUCCGCUGUGGAGGUGGUGAACGAUAAGGUGGAGCCGAAAGCAGGCGUCUUGGCAGAGGGGGACUUAAAUGACGCGCCAAAGAGCGAAAGAGAAACGGGCGGAGGCAGCGAGAGCCACAAACGCAAACACAAGUCUAGUAGGGAGCGUGAUAGGGACAAGGACAGGGAAAAGGACAAGGAAAAGGACAAGGAAAAAGAAAAGGAUAGGAAGUCAUCGCACAAGGAUAAAGAUCGAUCCAAGGAGAGGCACAAAUCCAGUUCCAGUUCGUCCAGACACAAGUCUUCCUCCUCAUCGUCCUCGAGAAACAAGUCGUCCAGCAACGACAAGCAUCGGGAUGAGAAAAGUUCCAGCAGCAGCAGCAAGCACAAGAGCAGUUCCUCAUCGUCCUCGUCGAAACGGCAUCAUAGCUCCAGCAGCUCUGCUGCGCGUAGUUCCAGCUCCAAGUCGAAAUCAUCCACCAGCAAAACCUCCAGCGAGCCGUCGGAGCCGCAGAAGGGAAAAGAGACGGCCAAAAACACAUCUAAGGCGAAUGCGUGCAGUGACAUUGAAUCGGACUUUGACUAUGAGAUGGACACCUCAGAGGGGGAAAUAGUGCGCCAGUGUGAGAUGAUCUUCGAUCAGCUGGAGACUCAAUUUGCGCAGAUGCACAACGCGGAGCCAACGCCCGAGAACACACUGAAACGGAAGGCGCCCUCACCGGACAUCGAUGCCCUCACAGAGGCAGCCACGGCUGCGCUGCAAAAGCGGCGUGUGGCCCAUGAAAAUGCGGAUAAAUGCCGGGCGCCUCUUCCAGCCACCGUGCAAAAGCCCAAUCACAUACGCAAUGCCAUGCAGGCGAUCUUCGACAGGCGCACCGAGCUGCGACGCCAGGAGAAACUGCGUGCCGAUGCCGCGUCCGAGGAGCUGCGGCAGGCCGAGGAGCGUGUCCGAGUGGCACAGGAGGGGCUGCGGCAGGCCCAGGUCAAAUCGAACCUGACACCACUGAUAUCAAGAAGUGCCCUAACUCCACCGGUGCGUUCUGCUCGCAGCAUUGCCCCCGUUGCCAACAUUGUGGCCAUAGCCCGGGCAAAGAAGAAGAUCCAGGAGCUGCAGGCCGAAAAGAAGCCCGCUUUUACACCUGCGCAGUCGUUCAAGGGCGCCGGUCGCAUGGCUCACCAGCCGACGGUCGCCCUGGACAAGACGGCGCCCGUAGCCAGCGGUGCUAGUGCACAGAAACCACCAGUGUUGGAGCCACAGAGCUCCAAGAUAUCAUACAACAUACGGAUGCAGUAUUACGAGAUGAUGGUGAAGCAGUCCACCGUUAUCUAUCCACAGCUGGCCGAUGCCUGGGAGCGGGCGCAGGUCGAGGAGUUGACCGCAUUCAAGAAGUGCAACACGACGGCCAUCUACAAGAACAGCUGCCUGCUGGCGAUCAAUAAGCUGCGCAAGGAGGCCAUCGAGGCUGGCAAUCGGCCGAGUGCGGCCAACAAGUGUGUUUCGCACGAGAUGAUGCUGGGCGGCAAGCGGGCCCUGACCACGUCCUGGAGUGUGGAAAAGAAGGACAAACUGGCAUCCAUAGGCAAUGGCGAACCAUUCGAUGCCUUGGACGUCGUCAAGGCAUAUGAAAUGGUCUUCGAUCUGCGCCUCACCGAUGAGCAGCUGGUGGAGAACGGCUACCCAAGGCCUGGUCCAAAGCGCGGCACAGCUGUCAUACGCGCCUGCCGUCCAAAUCGUCGCCCCAACGAGACGGAGCGCUACUGCAGCCGCUGCGGCAAAGUGUUCAAUCUGAACAUAUACGAAAGUCGGGGCACCGACAUGUGCAACUAUCACCCAAAGAGCACGGGCUACCGCCGUGGAUUCACAGACAAUCAGCAUCGCUGUUGUCAGCAGCCAGCCGGCACUCCCGGCUGCACCUACGGCAACUACCACGUCAGCGACUACUACGAUCCCGAUAAAUUGACCUGCUUUGUGAAGACCAUCGAAGGGCGCGAAGACUUGGUGCCCACGAAGAAGGACAUCUUUGCGUUGGAUUGUGAAAUGUGCUACACAACGCACGGCAUCGAGCUGACGCGCGUAACCGUCGUGGAUAUCAAUAGGCGGACAGUGUACGAUGCUCUGGUCAAGCCGGACAAUCUGAUUGUGGACUACAACACAACUUACUCGGGCAUCACAGAGGCCAUGCUGGCCAAGGAGACGCGAACACUGCGCGAUGUGCAGGCCGUGCUGAUGUCGAUGUUCCAUGCCCAGACUGUGCUGGUGGGCCAUAGUCUGGAGAGCGAUCUGAAGGCCCUGAAGAUUAUACAUGACGUUGUGGUGGACACCUCAGUGCUAUUUCCCCACAAAAUGGGCCCGCCCAAGAAGCGUGCUCUGAAGACCCUCUGCAUUGAGAAUCUGAAACGCAUUAUACAGGAGAAUGAGGCCGGCCAUGACAGUGCGGAGGAUGCCGAAGUCUGCAUACAACUCAUCAAGUACUAUCUGCGCAAUAAAAUCAGUUGAACUGGG